AUGGUUGCCUCUAUAACCUUAUUAGAAUUUAUUCGUCGCAGCCAGCAGAAAGUAUGGCUUCAAGUUACGCCAAUUCUCUCAAGUUCCACCGUAUUCAUCUUGAGCCGGAUGCUGGAGUAUGAAAAAAUGCGCGAUACGGCCCACUUCCUAAUUCGGGAUUAUCAAAAAGCGGCCGAGUUUCAUUAUUCGGCGAUAUUCAUAUUGAAAAUGGCUAAAUCCGUAUACGCCAAAUCGUUUAGGGCUCUAGCUCUUCUUAAAAUACCCCAAAGACCUACCGAAGAAAUGUUGGACAAUUAUGUAGCCUACUUCAAUCGUCAAACGCAAUCUCGUAAAUACGUAUAUUCGCCCAUAAAUCCGAUAGUUGCGUUCCUAAUAGAAACCGUUAAAAUGUAUUGUACCGAUGAUGUUGCCCAUAGUAAAUGCGAACUAAAUGACAACAUAAAAACGCAAAUUUCACGCGACCUAAAUGACAUGAUUUCCUCUUUGAGUGAACCAAGCAUUUCAACGUCGCAAAUGCAACACAGCUUUUUACAAAAAAUAUUGACAGAAGAGUUUCCAGAAGCGGCCGACGAAAUUCUAUCCAAUCUACCUGGAACAGAGCCUCAAGCAGGAACAGAGCCUCAAGCAGCAACUGAGCAGCCUCAUGCAAAACUGACCAUCGAAACGGAAAAUCACAUUGUCUCGGUAGCCGAAAUACGUGGUGAUCAACCUGCCGAGAAACGUUUACGUUUAGAACAAGAGCCCGUUGAACAAAAUCAUGCGUCAAGUGAUGAUGGCGAUUCUUUAUUCGAGCUUGAUGAUGAUAUUGAAACGGACGAUGAAAAUAUCAUCGCUAAGAUGCCACUUGUAGGUGUAUCUGCCAGCAGUGGAAGCACAUCAAGCCACGCAUAG